AUGGAAUUGAGGGGAGUGAAAAUGAAGGCGUUGAUAAGCACUGCGACGAUCCAACGGUCUCCCCGUUUGCCUCAGCCUCUUGUUUCCGUCAAACCUCGAUUUGCUUCUUCCUGUUUGAGGUUGGAAGGUCACGGAAAUGCAGACAUUUCUCAGUCGUCGAAUGGAGAGGAAACAAAGCACAAUGAGAUUUGGCGACUCUUCAAAGAAGCUCAGCAGAAUAUUUUAUACUUGAACAAACAACGCCUAAAGGCCGUGGAGGAGCUGAACAGGAUAAACGAAGAGAAUAAGUUGCUGCUUGAUAAGAUAGAAGAGUUAGAGUUGGGAAAGCAAGCUUUUUUUGGAAAAGAUAAACUAUCAUUAUGUUGGGAAUUGCUGCUACGGAUUGACUCUAUGGCUCUGACUGGCGUCAUUACCACCAGGGAGGCAUCUGAUUUGAGGAGGCUGAUCAUGGAUCAUAGAGUUAGUGUCGAUGAGGUUUUCAUUGACACGGAGCAAAAGAACGACGUUGAGUUUCUAGCAGAACUUCAGCAUUUCUCUGACAGAAGCAAAAAGAAUGCACUUCACAUUGUCCACAUAUGUACUGAAAUGGCACCAUUGGUCUCCGUUGGAUCAUUGGCAUCUUACAUAAUGGGCUUGUCUCGUGCAUUACAGAGAAAAGGACAUUUGGUGGAGGUUAUAUUACCAAAGUAUGUGAGCCUGGACCUAGAUGAAGUGCAAGGAUUGCAUGAAAUUGAUGCAGAUUCUUAUUCUUACUUUAACGGUCAAUUACAUGAAAACAGCAUUUGGACUGGUGUUGUCUAUGGCAUUGGUGUUACUUUAAUUGAACCAAAGUACUACUCAUCCUUUUUCAAUCGUGAGAGGGUUUAUGGCUACCCAGAUGACUUUGAAAGGUUUUCCUAUUUUUCUCGUGCUUCAUUGGAUUAUAUAGUAAAGUCCGGAAAGCAGCCUGAUGUUUUACACAUCCACAAUUGGGAGACUGCUAUUGUUGGGCCACUUUUUUGGGAUAUUUUUGCCAAGCAGGGACUUGAAGGUACAAGGAUAUUGUUGACAUGCCACAACUUCAAACAGCAGUGUCUUGAGCAACUGGAUAAACUGGAACUGUGUGGUCUUGAUCCUCGUAGCCUUCACCGUCCUGAUCGUUUGCAAGAUAACAAUAAGAAUCAUCUUGUCAACAUUUUGAAGGGUGGAGUAGUUUAUUCCAAUAAAGUUGUAAUAAUGUCAUCCAUACAUUCAAAAUCCAAGGUUAUUCAUAGUCUCAGUAACGGUCUGGAAUCUACCUUGAACAUUCACAAGGACAAAUUAGUUGUUUCUCCUUUUGGAUUUGACAGCUCUACCUGGGAUCCUUCGAAGGACGACUCUCUUCUGGAGAACUACAGUGUCGAUGACAUGGAUGGGAAAACCACUUGCAAAGUUGCUUUACAGCAAUACGUGGGGUUUUCUGAGAACAGUUCAAAUAUUGUCGUCGGAUGCGUCUUUGCCGAAGUUUCAGAUGUUGAUCUGGAAAACCUGAAAGCUAUUGUUUGGAGUGCCAUUGGGAGUGGCGUCCAGUUUAUCAUCAUGGACAAUAGCAUAAUGCCACAUGUAAACAGGGGGCUUGAAUCUUUUCAAGAAGAGCUUAAGGACGAAGAUGUACGAUUUGUUCUUGGACAUGAUGAAUCAUUGUUACAUUUAAUCUUUGCGGGAUCUGACAUUAUCUUGUGCCAAUCUUUUCACGACCCACUCUUCCAAGUUCCUCUUAAGGCUUUGAGAUAUGGAGCAGCUCCAAUUGCAUUAACCUCCAAUAACAACAGAUUCAGAAACUUCGCGAAUCAUGAUAAUGCAACCAAUAAAUUCGCAAGAUUCGUCAGCUCUACGUUUGGCUCAAUGUCGAUCAUCGAAGCCCUGGAUGAAAUUAAAACCAAUCCAUCCAAGUGGAAGCCAAAAAUAAUGGAAGGGAUGUCCAUGGACUUCUCAUGGGAUGGCGAGUGCUGCGACAUUCAUGUUUCUGCUUAUGCAUCCAUAAAGAAAUUGUAAAGCUUUCAUAAAUAUACGUGUAUAUACAUGUACAUUCCAAUAAGUUCAUGCAUAUAUUCCUACAAAUUAAUAGAUUGUUUGGGG